AUACCUGGGAACCUUGAGAUCUUUGGGAAGUGUUGGCUCUUCUGGCAGAAGGGAGAAGCCACCUGUCUGAAGGGAAGCUAGGUUUAUAUUUUAGAUCCUCCGACUAUGAGAAGAAUGUUGGGUAGGAAGGCUGGUCCCAGCUAGUACAUUUUUCAGGCAACCGAGAGAGUGUUUCUAAGGUUCAUUUUGGACAACUCAACUUGUCAAGACAUAAGAACUUAUUAAGCACAAAUGCCUGGGCCUCAUCAAACUCACUAGGUCUGAGGUAAUGCCCAGUAUCUGAAGUAAUGUUUCAUAAGUGAUUCUGAUGCGUAUGCAUAUGCAUAUAACCUUUCUAAUGGAAUCAAUUUUAGCCCCUUUCAGAUACCCACUUUCUCCAGCCCCUCCUGCCACAGCCUCUGUAAAAGUUCAUACCAUCUUUUCUAUAGAUCCAAGCAUUAAUGUUGAGCUCUCAAUAUCCCUGUGUCUCCAGCAACAAUAGCCUUGUGUUAAAUCAUUUCCAAUCAGCAGGAACCCCAGCAUGUGAAUUGGACAUGAUCACCUCAUUGGAGGAAGGACAACUAUAGAUACUGGAUCUUCAGGGAGCUGAAGAGGGAAGUGACCAAAAAUAUCUGUCUAGAUAGGGAGAUUUGAACUGAACUAAAGCAUCAACACCAAUCAGGCUAUUUCUGAAGAACUAGAGUAUUCAGGGUCAGCAAUGGAAAGUGUCAGAGGGAACACUGCCCAACGUGCUACAAAUGAAGAAGCCUGUAAAAGGGAGGGCCAGUUAUCAAGGCAGACAAAAUGUCGUAUACAGAAGAAAUCUUCUUUCGAGAAAACAGCAAUCAGAAAAGUGUCAAUGACCCUCAAAGAAAUUUUCACUAGGGAGAGAGACCCCGAAUCUAGUCUAAGCUCAAAAUUUAAUACACAGCAGAAAAUUCCAAAGGGAACUAGGUCCCCCAUAUCUAGGAAAAACUCGAAAGAUAAUUCAGACUUAAUUAAACACGAAAAACUUUUCCCACAAAGGAAAUCUUGUAAAUGCAAUGAAUGUGGUAAAGCCUUUAGUUACCAAUCAGACCUUAUUGUCCACAAUAGGAGUCAUGGUGGAGAAAAGCCUUUUGAAUGCAGCGAAUGUGGGAAAACUUUUAGCCGAAGUACACACCUUAUUGAACAUCAAAGAACUCACACAGGAGAGAAACCUUAUGAAUGCAGUGAAUGUGGAAAGGCUUUUAGCCGGAGUACACACCUCAGUCUACAUCAGAGGAUCCAUACUGGAGAAAAACCAUAUGAAUGUAGUGAAUGUGGAAAAGCCUUUAGCCGAAGUACUAACCUUAGUCAACAUCAGCGAACUCAUACUCAAGAAAAACCUUACAAAUGUAAUGAAUGUGGGAAAGCCUUCAGUGACCGUUCAACCAUAAUUCAGCAUCAACGCAUACACAGUGGAGAGAAUCCCUAUGAAUGCAGUGAAUGUGGGAAAGCUUUCAGUUGGAUCUCAUCUCUUAUUGAACAUCAGAGAACACACACUGGGGAGAACCCCUAUGAGUGCAGUGACUGUGGCAAAGUGUUCAGUCGAAGCUCAUCCCUUGUUGAACAUCAGAGAAUUCACACCGGAGAAAAGCCCCAUGAGUGUAGAGAAUGUGGAAAGGGCUUCAGUCGGAGCUCCUCCCUUAUUAUUCACCAGAGAACUCAUACGGGAGAGAAGCCUUAUAAGUGUAAUAACUGUGGGAAAGCCUUCAGUCAGAGUUCAACUCUCAUAAGACAUCAGCAGCUUCACACUAAAGAGUAAUAUCUGAGCUUUCAUUAAUGUUAGCACAAGAACACAUAGCAUAACCUCCCACAACUGAAAAGAAACAUACAUACUUGUCUGAAUUUUCCUUCCCUACUAGCUAGCUAUAAGCCAGUUUCAAGUUAGCCUUCCUUUCAUUUUGUAAACUAAACGUUCAAAUGAGUGAUCAAUCCAACAAGAGGGUGACUUUACAAACCGAACAUAUUCAACCUAAUAUUCUGUAGGACUCUAAUCUUAGAAUAUACAGCUACCUAACACUUGCAGUUCCUCACCUUAUCUGUUCCAUGAAGCUUGGUCCCUGAACAACCAGCAAACCAUCUCUUUCCCAAUCGUGUGUGUGUGUGUGUGUGUGUGUGUGUGUGUGUGUGUGUGUGUGUGUGUGUGUGUGUGUGUGUUUGUGCGCGCGCGCGCGCAUGCAUGGUUUUCAUGCUUGCUGGUUCCAGGAGCAGAAGAGAAGGAGCUGGCUUCUAUUCUGAAAACAAAAUACUCCCCACCAGCUUGGGCAUAAUAGUAUUAAGGCAAAUUCAGUCUCUGGACUUAUAAAGACAGAUUUUUCUUUCUUCCUCCCUCACCCUUUUUGCUAUAGUCUAUUUUCCUCAAAGUAUAACUCAUAGUUCUACUAAUGUUCCUAACAAAUCCUAGUGUUAUUUUAUCUCAUCCUUACCAAGAAUGUCCUAAAAAAUCUUACAGACAUUUAGUUCCUCCCUUAUCUUAAAAAAAAAUACUGCCCUAUUUUUAAAUAUUUUCUUUCGUUUACAGACUUCAUGAAAUUUACACCCUCUGGUUCUGACUCUCACCAAUCUUGUAAGGCUUAUCUUACAAACAAGGACAAACUCGGUGCCUAUUUCUCAGUCCUUUUUCUACUUGACAUUUGCAGAAUUGGCACUACGGCCACUCUUAUGCCUUAAAAUUUGAGCUUCUGGGAUCCACAAUUCUGUGCUGAUCUGUACUUUUCCUACCUCCCAGCAUUUCUCUGAUUAACAAUGAUCAGCUCUGACUUUGGGCAAGAAUUGGACCAGAAUAAUUUUAUUUCAUUGACUUAUAAUACUUAAGGUUAUUCAGUUAGAUUGUAAGCUUACUAAAGACAGAAAUCUUGUUUCUGAUCCCUAUAAAACAUCACCAAGUGCUGAAGAGUCAACUAAAUGCCCCGUAAUUAUUCCUGAUUCCUCUUUAUCCUGGGUAAUCAGUCUGCUAGGGUCUAUUUGAGAUGACUGAAUAGUUGAUUUCUUUCUCUCUAGUCCUACUGCCACUACUAAGUCCUGGGAGGUUUGGGCCGGGAUUACCAGAGUAAACACACUGUUGCUGCGCCUGUCUCCCUGUCUUUAUCUAGCUGCCUGACUGAACUAUCUCUUUGUUCAGAAAGAAUCCACAGUUUCCCAUUGUCCCCAGGAAAAAGUUCAAAUGGCUUUAACUUGAAGACCUUCCACAGUUGGAUCUAUUUUCCAUUACUUAUUUUCCAUCACUCCCCAGUACAAUUGGGCAGGCCUGUCCUUUGUCUCCACUAAACCCUUUCUCUUCACACUGGGCUUCCUUUCAGACUAUUCCAUUGUUAUCCUCCUUUACAUGCCCUACUUUCUUCCCUGUGUCUCCAGAAAUCUAUCCACCCUUUAUAAAAGGCCCUGCUCAGGCCCUGCCUCCUCUGCGGUACUUUCAGUUCCCCACCUGCUUAGACGUCCUUUACAGUGAUUAUCUACAUCAUCCGCCUGUGUUACAUACUUCCUUACUCUGCUCUCUAGUUCUGUCAGGUGCUUUUUCCCAUGAACUUUUUUGAAGUUAGAAAUUGUCUUAAAUCUCUUAGAAGCCCCAUCUAAUACCUAGUACAAUGCAGGCCUGAACUCUAGUUUUAAUCUAAGUCAGGAAGGUUUAAUACUACAGUCACUUUAUUCUUUUGAAUGGUGAGAUAACCUCAUAAAUAUUUUAGUGCUUUUUGUCCUUCCUUGAAUUAUGUACAUUAAUUCUUAGAACUGACUCUCCUUUAGAGUUCCUGGGAUGUUGGCCUCUUGGCUUGCCACUUCAUGAGACUAUUGUAAGGAGUAGGUAGGUUUAUUCAUGUAAAGUGAUGAAAACAGUGCCUGACAUAUGGUAAAUGCUCAAUAAAUGCUAAUUGUUAUGAUUCUAUUCUGUCAUAUCUACCCGUAGUGUUUCAUUUCAUCCCUGAAGGGUCUGUAACUCCACAGAAAUGGAAAACUAGGAUCAUAAUCAAAUAAGUUAGAAGCUAUUUCUUCUAACUGCCAUCAUAGAUAAUGGUCAUCUAUUUUAUUAUAAAUCUAUUAUAUGUCAAAAAUGACUCAAGGCAGCUUACAAGAUAUGAUAAAAUAGAAAACUGAAAAUACAUACAAAUCAGCAUUAGAGAAAGAAGAAAGUGCAUAGAAGAUCAACAUCGUGACAAAUUAUGGUUUACCAUAUGGUUAUUCAGGUAGGGAUGCAAAGUGAGCAUUCUGGCAAUCAAAGUGAGAUGGUCAUUUGCUUACAUUGUAUUUGGAAGGGGGCAAAAUGUCCAUUCUUCAAGGAAAGCAAAGUUUUCCUAAUAGUUAGAUUUAAGAUUAAUUUCUCCAUUGGCCUUCAUGUGAUUAUACAAUGUGUUGAUAGCAAAAACUAAAAAGUAUGUAUUCUCCUCAAUACCUAACAUAUAGUAUGCUUUCCAGUGGAUAAAUGUAUAGUAGCUCAGAAAGGCAAAUGUAAGGAUUCUUUUCGGGGCGGAGUUGGGUUAGAAGGAACAGAGGAUAGAGUAUAUUAGAUAAUCAAGUAUUUACUGGGUGCCAGAAGGAAAGCUCUUUUCACACAUUUGAGUCACUUAAUUUACCACAUAAUGGGAUGAAGAAACUGAAAUUUACAGAUGUUAAAUAACUUACUCAAGGUUCAGGAUUUGACCCCAAUACUGGACCUCAUAAGCUGGACCCUGGCAAGAUCUGAAAAAGAAAGAACUGUGUAAGUAAAAGCAUAGAGGUGGGAAAAUGCCCAGUUUGUUCCAAUAGACAAACUGGAUUGUCUGUGGUAGGGAGUUCAAUGAAAUAAAAAUGAGAAAGUUUAUUUGGAAUUGGAUAACUGGAUGAUGACUGCCUUGAGUACUAGCUUGUGUUUGGAUUUAAUCAUUUAGGCAGUGAGGGAAUUACUGGAGGGUUUUGAUCAUGGUAAUAAAAUUUGGUUACAGGAGGGAAGAUUAAUUUGGUAGAGGACAAUGUGGUUUGGGAAUGAGAGAGACAGCAGUAGAAACUAGAUGGAAAGUUGAAGUAUUAAAACAGUGGUAUUGGGGAACAGAGAGCAGUAGUCAGAUGAAGAGCUGGUAAAGGAAAGGUUCUAUGAAACUAGUGACUAGAUAUGGGCAAGGAAGAAGAGGGACCAGCAAUUCCUUAAUGCAAAGGUCAAAGAGUUUCUGUUUAUAAAUUGAGGACUGCCUGAAUUCCCAAUCCCUUACCUGACUCUAAGGUGUGUACAGAAUCAUUCUGCAGGAGGUUUGACAAAGCUUCAUAGAUAUAAACUAGAAGAAUGUUACCAAGGAUAUCAUGUGGUUGCAGUCAAAAGAAUUAUCCAUUAGAUAAGGCUUCUGGCCCCAACAAUGCCAUUUACUCCCUGAACACAAGUCAGCCAUUCAGCAUGAGUCUCAGUUUCCCCAUUAUUUCCAUUUAUGCCACAAAACUCCUCCAAUAAGAAAUUUAAAAGUGAAACUGCUUAAAAAGCAAAAUACUCAGUAAUUUAAUAACUUACAACAAUAAAGUGAUGUUGUAAAGACAUUGAGUGCUUAUCUAUAACAUUGAGCGUUUAUGUAUAAAUCACUGUUCUAAAGCUUUACAUGAAUUAAUUCAUUGACUCUUUACAAAACCCUAGGAAUGGAGCCCAAGAUAAUAUUAUCCAUAUUACAAACACAAGGAAACUGAGGCUGAGAUAAGUAAAUCAAGGUCACACAGCAAGUAAAUUACAGAACUGGGACUUGAACCUCAGCAUUCUGAGGCUGGGGACCACAUUCUUCUAUUUUAUGACCCUCCCUGCAAGAGAACACACCCUCAGAAAGUGGGCUCUCUAAAGGAAUUUGGUAAUAGCAUUGUCCUCUCCCCUGAACCAUUUUCUUAGGAAU